AUGGCCCGAGUCGCGCUUGCCCUCGGGAGCAACCUGGUGCUGUCCGUGGCCCGGCUCUUCGAGAGCGAGCCUCAGUACGUGACGGACCAGCCGCGCUUUCUUAAUUCUGCCGCGCUGGUUCGCACCGCCCAGACCCCGCUGCAGCUGCUGGACAGCCUGAAGGCCAUCGAGGGGCGGCUGGGCCGGGACUUCCGCGGCCUGCGCAACGGCCCUCGCCCCAUCGACCUUGACAUUGUGUUUUACGAGGACGCCGUGCUUUCCAGCGAGCGCCUGACCCUGCCCCACCCCCGCUGGCGGGAGCGGGCCUUUGUGAAGGCUCCUUUGGCCGACCUGGCGCCGCGAUGUCCACCCGAUGCAGAGACCCACGCCACCUCAGCCGGCCUGCCCGCCUCGCUGGCGGAGGUGGCCGCCGCGUGGCGGCGUGCGGGCGGCGAGCGCCAGCUGGGCGGCGCGGCGGCGGGGCUGGCCCCCUGGAUCCCGCUGCCCCGACCAGGGCAGGACCCGGGCCCGCGCGGCCUGGCCUGGGGCGGGGAGCUCCCGCCCCGCGUCAUGGGCAUCCUCAACGUGACCCCAGACUCCUUCAGCGAUGGCGGACGGAGCUUUGGCGACGUGGCGCGCGCGCUUCGCAAUGCCCGGGCCAUGGUGCAGGACGGCGCCGACCUACUCGACGUCGGCGGCCAGUCCACGCGCCCGGGGGCGGACCCCGUGUCCGAGGAGGAGGAGGAGGCGCGUGUGAUUCCCGUCAUCCGCGCGCUGCGGGAGUGCGAGGACCUGAGGGAGAUCCCGCUGUCCAUCGACACGUUCUACAGCGGCGUGGCGGAGCGGGCGGUGCUGGCGGGCGCCGACAUAGUGAACGACGUCUCCGGCGGCCGCCACGAUCCGGCCAUGUUUGCUGCGGUGGCGGAGCUCGGCGUGCCAUACAUCCUCAUGCACAGCUACGGAACUGCCCAGACCAUGGUGGCGGAGGCGGCGCGGCUGGACGGCGUGGUGGACGUUUGCGCCCAGGUGGCUGCAGAACUGGCGGAAGCAGGCGCCCGCGCCAUCGCCGCCGGCAUCGAGCCCUGGCGACUCAUCCUGGACCCAGGCCUGGGUUUUGGAAAGCGGGCGCAGCACAGCAGCCAGAUCCUGGGAGGCCUGCGCCGCCUGCAGGGCCACCUUCCUCCCCCCCUCGCCAGCCUGCCCUUGCUCAUCGGCGCCUCACGCAAGCGCUUCCUGUGCGGUCCAGAGGCGGGGAGCGUGGGUGCGCAGACGGCCGCCAGCCGCCGCGACCACGCCUCGGCAGCCGCCGCAGCGCUGGCCGCUGCGCAGGGCGCCGCCAUCCUGCGGGUGCACAAUGUCGCCGCGACCCGGGAUGCGGUGGGCGUGGCGCACCGCGCAUUCUUCGGGGCCGGGAAUCCCCAUUUGUCGUCCUGA